GCAUUCUGAAUUCGCAAUCAGUUGCAAAGUGGAACCCGAUUCGCCCAGAUGGCAGCCACAGUCAGUCACAGUUCCAGCCAUGGUUACGGCCAGGAGCCGCUCUUCGUUAGCCGAGCCACCAUUCAGCUGCAGUUGAGGUCGCCUGCUCCCCCCGGGCCUGCUGCCCCGCCGCGCAUCUACGAGUGGCACACACAGGUCGCGACGCCACCCACGCCUACGGCCAGCCCCAGCCCCACCCCAGAGGCGGCGGAAACGGCAGCGAAAUGCAUUAAGCAGGCGGGGAGUGCGGCCCAUGCGGCCACGCCCAAGCGAUACACGCCCCCGCGGAUAAUGGGGACCGAAGCGAAGCGCAAGAAUCUGCCCCAGACCCUGGGCAACUUCUUCGAGGUGGAGCGGUACGAGAGUGGCUGGAAUCGCGUGACAAAGAGAGACUUCUAGGAGGAUGCAGAGGAGGAGGCCUAAUCGAUUAACUCAACCCAUUAAGUGCCAGGAGCCGGAGCUGCAGUGAAAAAACGAGAAAGUGAAGUUCCAUAGCCAAAAUUCCAAUUUAUACGAGUAUUCCCCAGAAACCCAAAUCUACACCCAAACCCUAUCUAUUGUCGAUAUUUAUAAGCAAAGGAAAACCCCCCCGAAUAUUUAUGAUAAA